CCCCCCCCAAAAAAAAAAAAAAUACUACAAAGCCAAAAAAAAAAAAAAAAAUUCCUAAUUGAUCGAUCGAUAUGGCUCGAGAGCACGACAUGCUAUCAACGGAGAUAGUGAACCGAGGCAUCGAGCCAACGGGGCCGGAUGCCGGGUCGAUGACGUUCUCGGUGAGGGUGAGGCGGAGGCUGCCGGAGUUUGUGAAUUCGGUCAACCUCAAAUACGUGAGGUUGGGUUACCACUACUUGAUGAAUCACGGGGUGUAUUUGGCGACGGUGCCGGUGCUGCUGCUGGUGUUCGGGGCGGAGGUCGGGAGCCUGAGGAGGGAGGAGGUGUGGCGGAGGAUAUGGGACAGCACCGCGGGCUACGACCUCGCCACCGUCGUCGCGUUCGUGGCUCUCUUUGUGUUCACGCUCUCGGUUUACUUCCUCUCGCGGCCGCGUUCCAUUUAUCUUGUUGAUUUUGCUUGCUACAAACCUAGCCACGAUUAUAAGGUAACAAAAGAUGAAUUCAUCUCACUCGCUCGAAAAUCCGGCAAAUUCGACGAGGCCAGUCUCGAAUUCCAGAAGCGGAUCCUCGACUCCUCCGGCCUCGGCGACGAGACAUACGUCCCGAAAUCCAUCGGGUCGGGGGAGAACACGGCCACGAUGAAGGAGGGGCGCACGGAGGCCUCGGCCGUGAUCUUCGGCGCCCUGGACGAGCUCUUCGAGAAGACGCGCCUACGCCCCAAGGACGUGGGCGUGCUCGUGCUCAACUGCAGCCUCUUCAACCCGACCCCGUCCCUCUCGGCCAUGAUCAUCAACCACUACAAGAUGCGGGGCAACAUCCUCAGCUUCAACCUCGGCGGCAUGGGCUGCAGCGCCGGCCUCAUCGCCCUCGACCUCGCCCGCGACAUGCUCCAGGCCAACCCCAACAACUACGCCGUCGUCGUCAGCACCGAGAUGGUCGGGUUUAACUGGUACCCCGGGAAGGACCGCUCCAUGCUCAUCCCCAACUGCUACUUCCGUAUGGGCUGCUCCGCUGUCCUCCUCUCCAACCGCCGCCGCGAUGGCCGCAGGGCCAAGUACAGCCUAGAGCACAUCGUCCGCACCCACAAGGGUGCAGACGACCGCAGCUUCAGGAGCGUGCACCAAGAAGAGGACAGCGAGAAGCACAAGGGGCUUAAAAUCAGCAAAGACCUAGUGGAGGUCGGAGGCGACGCGAUCAAGACGAACAUCACGACGCUGGGGCCUUUAGUCCUCCCGUUCUCCGAGCAGCUCCUCUUCCUCUCGACGCUUGUCUGGAAGACGGUCAUGGGCGGCCCGCAGCCGCCCAAGCCUUACAUCCCCGACUACAAGCUUGCGUUCGAGCACUUCUGCAUGCACGCGGCCAGCAAGACCGUGCUGGACGAGCUGCAGAGGAACCUCAAGCUCAGCGACGAGAAUCUCGAGGCAUCCCGCGCCACUCUGCACAGGUUCGGCAACACCUCCAGCAGCUCCAUUUGGUACGAGCUGGCCUACCUCGAGGCCAAGGAGCGGGUCAAGAGAGGGGAUCGUGUCUGGCAGCUGUCGUUUGGCUCGGGUUUCAAGUGCAACAGCAUCGUCUGGAAGUCGCUGAGGAGGAGCCGGAGGCCCGAGACUGGCCCCUGGGUCGACUGCAUCCACAGGUAUCCUGUGCAGGGGAAUGGGGUUUUUUAGAUGAUUUGUUUUCAUUACACUAUUCCAAUACUUUGCAAAGACAUUGUGUACGUUCCAUUCUUUUUUUUUUAGUUUUGGUUUUUACUUUGGAAGGAAAAGGAGUCGUUAUAGACAUGAGUGGAUGACAAGAAAAGAAAUUGUGUACGUAUUUUACCUGGUUGGAUAAUGCCUAAUGGACUUGAAACUGUGUUUGAAUA